AUGCCUGUAUUCACAGUUGAAGAACUCCAAGCUGCCGUUGAUAAUGGUACGCUUGGAACUUUCAUCACUGAUAACAACGACACCUUUCAGCAAGGCUUACGUGACCUGCUCUCGCUCUAUAAUCAAACCACCAUCGACAAGAACACUGCAGAACAAGCACAGCACAUCGCUGAGCAAGCUCAACAAGCCACUGAAGCAGAUGCUCUACAAGACGCCAACGAGUACAAUCGACAAGUCACUGAGUUCAACAACCGUAUUGCGACUCUCAACACUGAGAUCCAACGUCUUCAACACCUCCAAGCUACUCCUACUCCUACU